AUGCCAGAGAAUAAGCCACAAAUUGGAGCACUGUCCAUCAAGCUACCCCUUUUCUGGCCAGCAGAUCCCCUCAUUUGGUUUGCGCAAGCGGAAGCACAAUUCCAUACCCGGGAAUCAAGCGUGAAGACACCAAAUGUGCUCACAUUUUGGUUGCGGUGGCAACUGAUUAUUCAAGAAGUCCGCGAUUUGGUGAUCACUCCUCCCAAGGACAACCCGUAUCAGAAGCUCAAGGAAGAAAUGAUUAAACGUACAUCAGCUUCUGAGCAAAAACGGCUGCAGAUGCUACUCACCGAAGAAGAGUUAGGUGACAAGAAACCCUCGCAGUUAUUGCGUCGCAUGCGUCAACUACUCGGUGAACGCAAACUAGAGGAGGGAAUUUUCAAGCAACUCUUCCUACAACGGCUCCCAUCCAAUGCACAGCUUGUCCUUGCUUCAUCCAGGGACUCAGUGUCGCUAGACCAGCUUGCUGCACUCGCUGAUCGCAUCCUUGAGGUCUACGUCCCUCCAGUCAACGUUGUGACUUCACCGGCUCCUCCUCGUCUGGGGAACUUGCUGAGCUGCGUGACCAGAUCUCCAAACCACACAAACACUGUUUUGUACCAUCGCCGUUUCGGUGCUGAGGCCCAUAAAUGCGUCCAGCCUUGCUCCUACACCACUCAGCAGGGAAACGAACCCACGAGGGGAUAG